AUGUUAUUUAAUAUUAUUUAUAAUCUUAUUCAUCCAUUAUAUUUUAAUGAUUUAAUUAUUAAAUUAUUUUUUUCAUUAGAUAAAUUAUUUUGUACAGUAACUAUAUUACAUUUAGUUGUUAUGGCAUUUGAUCGUUUUAUUUAUAUUAAAUCACCAUUAAAUUAUUCACGUUGUAUUAAAUUAAAAUAUUUAUUAAUUAUAUUAAUAAGUUUAUGGUUUUUAGCCUUUUUAAUCACAAUUAUCCCAAUUCAAUUAAAUUGGAAUCAUAUGAAUGAUAAACAAUCUAUAACAAUCAAUAAUAAUAAUAAUAAUUAUAAUGUAAUCAAUACAUAUGAUACAAAUCAAAAUUGUACAAUUGAAUCAUCAAUCGAUGAAAUUCCAUCCAAACAAAUCAAUUUAUUAUCGAUUUAUAAAAUACAAAAAAAUUUUAUAUGUAUUCAUAAAGUUAAUCUAUUUUAUACAAUAACCAAUACAAUAUUUAGUUUUAUUAUACCAUUAUUGAUUAUGAUAAUUCUAUAUACAUAUUUAUUUUUAUUAACAAAACAACAUAUUAAUCGAUUAAAUAUAUUUUCAAAUUUUAAAAAAAAUUAUUCAAAUCAUUUAAAUUUGAAUCAUCAUUUGUAUCAUCAUCAUAAUAGUAAUAAUAAUAAACAAUUUAUUGAUUUAUUACAUAAUUCAUCAAAUUUUUUAAAAAAAUGUAAAACAUUUUUAAAUUUAAAUUCUAUUGAUUUAAAUGAUCAUAUUAUCAAUAAAUCAAUAACAAUCUCAAUGAAUCGAUUAAAAAUUUCAACACAAUUAAAUAAUAAUAGACAAUUCAAUGAUUCAUUACAUUAUAUGAAUAUAACAAAUAAAAAUGAUUUAAUAAUAAAUACAAUCAAUAAAUCAAUACAAUUUACAAAUCAUCAUUCAUAUAUAACUAUAGAUCAAUCAAUGAAUACAAGACAAAUUCAUCAUGGAAUACAUAUAAUAAUAAUAAUAAUUAAUAAUAAUAAUGGGAAUGAUAUAACACGUCCACAAAUAAUAAUAAAUUAUCCAGAAAAACAAAUAUAUAAUGCACAUAAAGCAGCAAUUACAUUAGGUGUAAUAUUAGGUUCAUUUACAAUAUGUUGGUUACCAUAUUUUACAAUUAAUUGUAUAGCAUCAUUCUGCGAUUGUAUACCAAAAGAAGCUAUUUUCGCUGCAACAUGGCUUGGUUAUUUCAAUGCCUGUCUUAAUUCACUGGUAUAUUCAUUAUUAAAUAAUAAUUUUCGUAUGUCCUGUGCAAAACUAUUAUGUGCUUGGCAUUACAAUCGUGAAAGACGUCAACAAUAUGGAUUAAAUCAAUUGAAACAUUUCGGUGAUACUCCUAUUCAACUAGCACUUGGUCGUGUUCCAUGGAAUAAAUUAUGAAUAUUUUUGUACUGUAGUAGUAUACGAUCAUGAUGAAACAUUUACUUAUUAUCUCGCAUUAUAUAAUUUCACUAGAUUUAUGUUUUAAUAAUAAACUGUCAAUGAAAAAACUUAUAUCAUGAAUAUAUAUUCAUAAACAUAUACAACAGUAUGAGUUCAUAUUUUGUUCUUUUUCUUCGUUACUGUACAUAUCAAACUCUUAAAAGCAAUAAUAGAAGUUCUUUUCAUCGAAC